AGUCAUGGGUUUGCUCAUUCACAGCCCGUCAUCUGUGCUUGGGCAGGCCUGGCCUCUUCCUGGAUAUCUUCCUCCGUCCCAUCAGCUGUCACAUCUUCUGAAGCACAUUGCAGCAGUACUCACUGUCUCUGCCUCCGAGGACAGGGAAAGCCAUGGCCGCUACUGGAACACCCCCUCCACCUUGGGAUGAACAUAAGCCAAUCGAGGAAGAUACUGCACAAUCAGAAAAAACAACCAAAGUCCAUGAAAAAGAAGAGGAGCAUCCUCUUUCAGAAGGAGAAUAUAAAAAUACCACUUCCUUUCCACCUCCAUCACCACCACCACCAAAGUCAUCGUCAUCAUCAUCGUCAUCGUCGUCCUCAUCAUCAUCAGAGAGCAACAGUGAUGAGGACCAACUCCAUAGGAUUGACAAAAAGCCCCAUCCAGAUAUCGUCAAAGAUGAGCCAGGGAUGAAGAAGGAUGAGCUUCAGCUCUAUGAAGAUUCUCCUGGAGAGAUAAAACCCUAUGAUGAAACAGGGCUCAGAAGAAGAGAAGUUGUACCAUCAGAUGAGCCAGAAACAGAAGACAUUCAGGCAAGAAGAAUGAACAUAAAGAAAGAUGAUGAAUUUUUCCAUUUUAUCCUGCUUUGCUUUGCUAUUGGAGCUGUGCUAGUUUGUUAUCACUACUAUGCAGAUUGGUUCAUGUCUCUGGGUGUUGGGUUGCUAACCUUUGCUUCUUUGGAGACUGUUGGAAUAUAUUUUGGCCUGGUAUAUCGGAUUCACAGCAUCCUUCAGGGUUUCAUCCCCCUCCUUCAGAAAAUAAGACUCAUAGGUUUCCGGAAGGCAGACUGACAGGUUGGUUUCAGGAGGACAACUGGCAUCAGGCUGGACUUGGGCCCAUCAAUCCAGAAAUCAUAAAAUCAAUCAUUCCAGAACAACACCUGGGGAAAGGAAUCCUCAACCCAUGCCUUGGUGGGAACUGUCUGCGAGAAAUAAAAACGCUUUGUCCUUCAGCAUCACCUGAUAAGUCUGAGCAUCAGACCAGCCAAGUCUUCAGGUCCUAAGCUCAUGUCAGUUUUAUUCUAAGGGGUGACUUAAUAAUCAAGGGGAGGGACAGGGAAAUGGGAGGGAGUGGGAGAGGGUACAUGUCUUCCCACCUGACUGGUUCUGAUUCUGAAGGAGAGAAGAUUUCAUUGGAAAAGCCUUGGGAGACAAAUGGUCUUAUAAAGUGUCCUCAGAGUUCCUCCCAGCUUCGAUCUGAUCCGUAAUGGCACUGACCAUGACCUCCACUUUCGGGCUUCCUGUUUGCUCGACAAUCUUCAGCCAAGUGGUAUUUGUUGGUUUGGUCUCCCUAUCGGUGGAUACUUCCCCCAAACAGCAGGAAUUCUUAGGCAUCUGAACUCAAAGAGCUAGCCCUCGGGACCACCAUCCAAGCCAAAGGGGAUGGGAUACUUUGACCUAACUCUUGAGUCAGACAGAGAUGGAUGGUUUCUUCAACCAUUCAAGCUGAAAACUACAACCAGUAGCUACAUGUAUCAUGCUGGGAGUGGAAAGAAGUCAGAAUAAAUUGUUUAUGACCAUGAAAA